AUUAGUGGUAGAAGUAAUGGUUAGUAGUCCUAGUGUGUGUAACUUUGAGAUCUAUCAUUCAAUGCAUUUGGAGAUAUUGGCGGUUGCCCUGCAAUCAGUGUCCGUUCCUGCGACGUUGAAUAGCCAUUUCACAGUCAUUUUUAAUCAGCACAAAAUCCCGAGGCUCAUCUUAGAAUAUUUCGUAAGUCCGUCAAAAAAUCUCGACAUUUUGCUGCCACUCUUCCACAGGAAUGAAAUAUAUAUUAUCACUGCCCGCCUACUCUUUAAUAUCGACAUCAUUAGUUAAAUACGAGAAAGCCAUAAGACGACACUGAUGGUUUGCGUCAUGCGCACUGUAUUGUUCAUCACUACUUGAUUUCAUUCCAUCUAUCCGCAUCGCUCAACAUUAUGCACACUGACCGAUUCUUUGUAACACGUUUAUUUGUAACGGUAACAGCUUGGUUAAAAUGUGUGGACGCUUUGAUAUAGUGCCAAACAAGUUAAAAUAGACGAGAAUACAAAAGGAUUAUUCAUGGUGUUUUAAACAUUUUUGCUACCGUCUUGAUUCAGAUCGGCCUAUGAUCAAGUAUUUUUGCCUCAUUAAUUGCAAUAAUGGUUGAUAUUAUAACUUCGAUGCCGGCUUUGUUCUACAAGGAAUCAUCUCUUAUGAAAUUUGUACUUCGUAAGUGUUCUAUUUUGAAAUCACCUUACAAACCAACGUUAUGGUCUAUCAACGGUCAUAUCCAGACAAUAUUAACUGUUUUAUGGCCAAUACAAAGAGAUUUGAAAUGUAAACGGCAGUACCUUCAAGUAGACGAUGGUGGUUUAGUUGCGUUAGACUGGGUUUUGCCAUCUUGCUGCAAAACAUCAGAAAAAAUUAAUAUGAAAAGUCCACUUGUUAUUGUUAUACCUGGGCUUCCAUCAAACACAUUUGUGGUCAAUGAUAUCUGUGAUAUGGCUAGAAAUUGUGGAUACAGAGUCGUUAUAUUUCGCAAAAGAGGCCAAGAUGGUCUCCCACUUACAACACCAAAAUUACAGAGCAUUGGAGAUUGUACUGACUUACGAGAAACAGUCAGGUUUAUACGUGAGCAAUAUCCAAAAGCCAAGUUGAAUGCCGUUGCAUACGGAUAUGGUACAGGAUUGCUCAUGUCGUACCUUGGUGAAUUUGGUUCAUCCGCCGACCUGUCGGCUGCAGUUAAUAUAUCACCUAGUUACAAUAUGCAACAACAAUUUGAUGAUGUUUUUAGAAACCCUUACAAUUGGUUUAUGUUGCAAUAUGCAAAAUUGCAGUUAAGUUACCAUGCGGGCGCUUUGCUCAAAACGUUGGAUUGUGAUAGUGCCUUCAGUUCAUCAUCUCUUUCUGAAUUUGAACAGAAUGUGUACGCAAAGAUGUAUGGCAUACAAGAUAUGGAAGAAUAUUGGGACAAAAAUAAUCCUUUGAGGGAGGUUGAUGAAAUUGCUGUUCCAUUAUUAUGUAUCAACAGCCUUGAUGAUCCAAUUUGCCAUGCAUCUAAGAUACCUUAUGACCUUUUUACGAUGAUUCCCAAUGCAAUUCUUGUCACAACUACGCACGGAGGCCAUUGUGGAUUUUUCCAGCAUUUGAAACCCGAUAGUUGGGCCAAUCGACUGGCUAUACAGUAUUUAGAUAGUGUUUUACAAUUUGUACAUUUAGAGGACGGAUUUAAAAGGAAUAGCAGAUUAUAGACUUUAAUAUCAAUUAAAAGAGGAAGAUUAUAUUACAAUCCAGAGCUCCAUCGACUCAGAGAAAGAAUUGUAUGAACAGAAGCAUUGAAGUUUAAAUUUCAAAAACGAGGAAAACAGGCUAAUUUAUUAUAUAAUUAUGUUGAUUUUAUUCGUUUUACAUUAAGUCAAGAUUUGUCAUUUUCUUAUAGCUUAUGAGGAUAAAUCAAACAAAAGUCUGUUAAUAAUGAUAAUAAAGAAAUUUCAAUAAACAGUUUUAAGCGAAGAUUAGUAUGCCUGGGUUCCGGCUAGGUGUACAACGGUAGACGUUCCUGUGCGAUUGAAUGGCAGAGUCCAAGUGGAGGCCUGAAAGCGAUGUCCCUGAAAGCUAAGGCUUCCAAGUAUUUAGGUUUGUAAUCUAUGUAUAGGCCCAAUACGUCUAAAAUAGAUGUCACUUUGUGGUUACUCUUCAAUUGCUUAUCCUCUGAUUUAUCUUACCUUUUUUGAGGCGAAAAAAAUAAAUUAAAUAUUCUGAGCCUAUGCGGGAAUAAAAAUGGGCAAUAUAAAUAAUUAUUCGCCAAAAUGAUACACCUAUUUUUUUUUUUCAAAAUUUUAACCCAAAUGUCUCUGACCUCUACAAGAGUUUAGGGCCAUGUUUUGUGAAAAAAUAUUUUUGAAUAGGGAAUCCCAGCUAGUAUUUUUCUACAUAGGCCUACCUGACUUUCUCCUGAAACAUACGCUCUUGAGAUCGAGUGGUUGUAGCGUAGAGCAGUUUUCGUUUAGCAAUUUGACAUAGAUUAUUCAGAAACAUCUAACAUGUUGUGAAUUCAAUUACAAAAACAUUCAUUUUCUUUUUUAAUUAAUCGUAAGUGUAAAAAUGAAUGUAGAUUAAAGUAGAUAUAGGAAGAAGGCUAGGCCCGAAACGAUAUAGAAAAUCUUGCGAAAACCUACCUGGACGAAACAUUACUAAGAUGCACAGUGCACAUUGUGAAUAAUGAAAGGGCUUUUAUAAUCUCCCCUUUUCUUGGUUUACCAUGACUGAGAGUUUAUUACUAACAAAAUAUUUGGGCAUAGAUAACAUAUCGAGAUUUAAUGUGUCAAAAAAUUGAUUAAAUAAGUGGAGAAUAAAAUACUGAAAAAAAGAAGCUGAACUCGUGUAAAGGGAAGCAAUACCAAAAUAGAAUACUUUUAGGUAAAUGGUCAAUUCUCUGCUAUAAACGUCAAUAUGUAAAUUUUUGUUGUAUUCAAAUUACUGAAAACUAUUAAUUACCGAUAGACCUCAUUCUCAGUAAGCUACUUGAAUAACAUCUGAAUUAGGAACUAAUAUCCAUUGCAGAACAGUAAGUCAUUCGAAAGUAGGGCCUACUUUCACAUUUAAACUUCUGUCCUAGUGGAGUUAUAUAAUUUGUAGAUAGUCAUUUGUUCGUAGAUGACAAUUACCUUGAUUAAGGUAGGCUAAAUUUACAUCACUUUUACGUUUGUAUUAGUGUUUAGGCUUGUACUCAGGUUGGAUUGUAUUUAGUUAUUAAAUAUUAUAAAUUACA